AUGUUGUUUUAUUAUUUAACUUUAUUGCUAUUUACACUAAGCGUAAAAUGUGCCGUGCAAAACGCGAGUUGUCCAAUUAUUAGAUCGCGUGAAUUGGAUUUGAAAGAACUGGAUGGCAAGUGGUAUGUAGCGGCGGUAGCAACUGACCUUGACAUUCAAGGCGACUGCGCUAUGGUUCUGUUCAAUCACAAGAAUGACAAUACUACCGAUGUUUCAAUUAGUUGGAUUUCUAAUAAUACCUUCAGCUACUACAAUGGCUCAGUGGCCCUCACGGUGGACAGCAACGGUACUGGUGAUUUGCUAAUGGUCACAUAUACCGACCAGAAAACGGAAAAAUAUUCUUUCCUGGAUGUGGAUUACGAACAUUAUGUUGUUAUUUUUGCUUGCUAUGGUAGUAUCGAUGGUAUGAAUAGCACUUAUGAAAUUUGGAAGCUCACCAGGACACCUCACAUCAAAGACACUGAUGCUGUGAAAAUGGAUCAAGCCAUUGCUAACUACAGUCUUCAAGGCACACCAUUUAUAUAUUUCAACAACACAGAGAAUAAUUGCAAAAUUAGCGGUGGAGCAUACUUAAAUCCUUCGUCUUUAAUAAUGGCUUCGGCUGCUGCAGUGACACUAUUUCGACGGCUUUAUUAA